AAUCUUGCUGAAGUAGAUCCACUUUUCUCCUUUUCUUGAAGUUGCUGCAAUCUCCAGCUUUGCCAGCUGCCAUUCAUGUGGGCUGAUGCAAUGAUUUAUACAGAACAAAUAGCCAAUAAUACCUCUUUCAUUUCAUUUGCUGUAUUUUAUUACCUGUGUGCCUCCUGGGGUGAGUAUGAUUGAGUUCAAAGAAAAAAAAAAGCCAAACCAAAAAACAUACUACUGUCACUACCACCAAAAUCUCCUUAAAACAAAAUCAUGGCCAGUUAUUUUGGAUAUUUUUUAAAAAACAAAUUAUUAUUUUUUUUUUUACAGUUCUUUCCAAAGAAGAAAACUGUGUCUUAAACAAGCUAUUGACAUGCAGAGUUGUUCACUCUUUGCCAUUCAGGCAUAAAUCCUACAUCAUGGGUAACUUACUGGAUCUGGCCUGAAAGGAGUCACCAGUGGCACUGGAUUAUUAACCCCUAGCCAUUGGCUUUUCACAAUGAAUGGAAGGUCAUGCAGCAUGAAUCUCCACCGUACAUCAGGCACUCCACAGGGGCCAGGGAUGAUGAGUAGCCAGCACAUCCCUCCUGUCAGAGUCCCAUCAGGGACAUCUUGCCCAUCAUCCAAUGGCAGUACUCCCAGCCCUGCUGUUGGAAAUCUCCAUCUCAAGCUGCACUCAGGAGGAGGGAUAGUUCCUCAGAACAACUCAGCGGAUAGCCCCAUCCACCUUCCAGCAUUGAGCCCCAGGAGACAAGUGGUUACCAAUGGGAAACCUCUAUUUCAGGUCCCUCAGGGGCCAGGGAUGCCAAUGCCACAUUCUUUGAAGCCAAAACAGCAGGACUUUGGAAACCCCUUUCCUACAAAUCAAGGGAAAGGGGGUCUUGGCUAUGGGCCUCAGUGCAAGUCCAUUGGAAAAGGCAGCUGCAACAAUCUAGUGGUCACCAGCAGUCCCAUGAUGGUUCAGCGGCUGGGACCCAUAUCACCUCCUGCCAGCCAGGUCUCUACAGCAUGCAACCAGAUCAGUCCUAGCUUACAGAGGGCAAUGAAUGCAACCAACAUGAAUAUACCUCCUGAUACCAGAUCCCUCAUGUCACGGGAGUCUUUGGCAUCCACAACUUUGAGUCUGUCAGAAAGUCAGUCAGCCUUGAGUGUGAAGCAAGAGUGGUCUCAUGGCUACAGGACUCUUCCUUCCCUUUCUUCCAAUUCAGGCUCUCAGAAUGGCAGUGAUCUAGGAGAAUUAUUUGGCAUCCCCCCUGGGACACCUAUGUCCAACAAUAGCGUCUCCAAUUCAUUGCCGUCCUAUCUUUUUGGGAUGGAAAACAGCCACUCCCCUUACCCUAGCCCCAGAAAUUCUUCCACCAGGUCUCACUCAGCCCGUUCUAAGAAGAGAGCUCUCUCUUUGUCCCCUUUGUCUGAUGGCAUUGGCAUUGACUUCAACACGAUCAUCCGGACCUCCCCAACAUCCUUAGUAGCGUAUAUCAAUGGUUCUCGGGCAUCACCUGCCAAUAUUUCCCCCCAACCAGAAGUCUAUGGACAUUUUCUAGGAGUGCGGGGUAGCUGUAUCCCACAGUCGUGUUCGAUCCCAAGCACUCAACGCAGUCUUCUGGUGACCAGCGGCAGCCUCACGAUCCCUGCUUACAACGAGAAUGGGAUGGUGGAAUACCAGCGCAUGCAGCAGCUGGAGCAGAGCAGCUUACAGUCCGCAAUUAUGAACAACAUGGUGGUACAGCAGGGUCUGCCUGUCUCAGACAGCCAGCCAGGUGGUUUAUUGAAAAGCGAACGCUUAGACGACUUCCCAGGUGGCGCCAUUGAUAUUCCUCCACCGCCACCCCCUUCUUUGCCACCACCACCACAAGGGCCGCCACCCCCUUACCACGCCCAUCAGCACCUUCACCAGUCUGAGCUCAUUCACCAUCCCCACCCGCUCCCUUUGCCCCCUUCUGCCCAAGUUCCACAACAGGAAGAGGAUGGAGAGUUAGAUGAUUUUAAUGGAAAACACUGCUGUCGCUGGAUUGACUGCAGUGCCGCGUACGACCAGCAAGAAGAGCUUGUACGGCACAUAGAGAAAGUUCACAUAGACCAGAGGAAAGGAGAGGACUUCACUUGUUUUUGGGCUGGCUGCCCUAGAAGAUACAAGCCAUUCAACGCCCGAUACAAAUUGUUGAUCCACAUGAGAGUCCACUCAGGAGAGAAGCCGAACAAGUGCACGUUUGAGGGUUGCAAGAAGGCCUUUUCAAGACUAGAAAAUUUGAAAAUUCACCUGAGGAGUCACACAGGAGAGAAACCAUAUCUGUGCCAGCAUCCAGGAUGUCAGAAAGCCUUCAGUAACUCUAGUGAUCGAGCCAAGCACCAGAGGACCCAUCUGGAUACUAAACCUUAUGCAUGUCAAAUUCCAGGAUGUACCAAACGCUACACAGAUCCAAGUUCCCUAAGAAAGCACGUCAAGGCACAUUCUUCCAAAGACCAACAGGCAAGAAAAAAGUUGCGGUCAAGCAUGGAGCUCGAUCAAGAUAUCUUCAAUAGUUGUCUCACCAUUCAGCCUCUCCAACCUACCACUUCCCCACAAGAUGUUGCAGAUGGUGCCAUGGGAAGAUCUCCAGGAUCUGUCCAUGACAUGUAUUCAGCCACGAUUUUCUCCAGCACUCACUCAAGCCGGAGUGGAACAGCUGCUGGGGCUGGGCCUCCCCCACAUCCCGUCAGUCACCCUUCUCCGGGACAUAAUGUACAGGGGAGCCCCCACAACCCCUCCUCCCAGUUACCUCCUCUUUCGGCUGUGGACUCAGGAACUGAAAGGUUUGCCCCUUCUGCUCCAUCUCCCCAGCAUAUCAGCCCUCGGAGAAUGCCAGCCCCCACUUCAGUUAUGCAGAGACCACCACCUUCCCAUGUUCAGCAGUCAGCAGCAUCUCACUUGAAAUCAUACCAGCCAGUAACCAGUUCUUCCUUUCAACCAAAUGGCAUCCAUGUUCAUGGGUUCUAUGGGCAGCUGCAGACAUUUUGUCCUCCCCAUUACAGCGAUCCUCAGAGAAACAUGGCCCAUGGCAACUCCUGCAAUAUGGUGCCUUCCUUUGAAGACUGCCUUGUCCCUGCGUCCAUGGGUCAGGCAGGGUUCGAUGUUUUCCACAGAGCUUUUUCAGCUCAUUCGGGCAUUACAGUAUACGAUCUGCCAGCUGGUCCCACUGGCAUCUUUGGAGAGUCUCUCCGGAAUGGACCUGAAGAUACCACCUUCCUGCAGAUCAGCGCAGUGGAUCGCUGCCCCAGCCAGCUCUCCUCUGUCUAUACUGAAGGCUAAAAGCCACCCUCACAGCUAAUGCUCUUCCCUAAACCCUCUGCUUCAAAUCCCCUGCCUUCCUCCCAAUAAGGAUCCUGAGCCCCAAGUCUGCAAAGCCCAAGGCCACAAAAGGAUCCUUGCAAAAGAGGGCUGGGAGAUGGGAAUCCUCCCCAAGCCUUCAGAAGGCCUGCAGUCCUUUUUCCUUUUGAUUGGUGAGUCACUCAACAACCCUACUCUCUUUUCAAAGGGAAUUCAAAGACAAUGAGAAGAUGGCUGUUGUUGGGAGACUUGUCACAUGGAACCACUGAAAUCAUGAAAGAAAAAAUACAGCCUUGGUUUGAGGACAAUCCUCUUCUCAAACAAGGAACUGAGGCACAAUACAAGCCUCUUAAGGCACAGAGCUAGCUAUGUGAUGCCUCUGCAGCUAAGCAAAGCCAAACAUAAAAGGGAAAAAAAAAAGCACUCCUGAUAGAUGCUCGCCUCCCAAUGACCCUCCACGAUGCUCCCUGGCCCCAGGAUCUCCAGCAAGCUUGGUUCAGCUCUCCCAUUUUAUAUCCACAGGCUUACCAGUAGAAUGCUUUUUGUUAUUUCUCUAAUUACAUUAUGUUAUGCAGUGAAUAAAAAGAAUCUGCCAAGUACAGUGACUUGAAAGACAACUUACUUUUAUUCCAACAAUUUUUCCACUUGUAAGAAUUAGGGCACCUUUUUGUCACUUAAAAGAAAAAGAAAAAACAAGCAAAAAAAAAAAAAAUCCAAACCAACAACUUUCUUGUGGCCUGUUUCUGGAAUGGCCAAAUAAAUAAAUAAAACACCUCUAUUUGUAUUUCCCCAUCCUUUAAAAUCUUUCCCACACAGAUGCAGCAGUGCUUGGGAAUAUUCUGAUUUUUCGGAGUUUUGUAGUUACCAGAAGAUAAGUGUCAAUUAUAUUUGAUAUGCUCCUGCAGCACCAAAUGCAAUGUCUUAGAGCUGAUUUAAUUCAGUAAGCUUUGGGCCUCCCAUUCCAAAGAGCUUCUGCCAAGAGAAGGACUACAAAUUAAUAAAUUAAAUUCUAUUUUGGUGCUCUGGCUAGGUGAGACAUUAGCAGGUCUUUGGAUGAAUGAGGCAGAGUCUGAGGGAAGUGAGAGGAAGGAGGGAGGUUCCAGAUAUGGUAUCUGCAUAGGAAGAAACUAAUGAGAUAUUGAGGUGAACAAUGAACAAUCCUCCCUACUCUUCCAGCUUGAUACUGUGCUCUUACUUUUCCUUUCCUUCCCUCCCAUCUCCCCAGUUUUUCCUUGCUUAUCUGUCUCCUCCUCCUGCUCUACAACCCCAGCUCAGACCCAGGCCCACUCCAUUUCCAAUGCCCAAUUACAGCUUUGGAGAAAACUGGUAAGAAACCAGUUAAAAGUGAUAAUGGAUGAGGUUUGGGACAUACAGAUUAAUAGACAGAAGAGAAAUGGGAACCCACCAUUUCUGAAAUAUUAUCUUGGAAGCCUAGAAUUUAAAUUGGGCUUUAUAUUAGUACAUAAAUUUCAAGACUAUGUGGAAGCCACUAUUUCUGAUAUCUUUUUAAGAGUAACAAGUUCUGGGGCAUAAGGCUAUUAAAAUGUUCAAAAUACACUAAAAACAUUUUGGUACUAUUAUAUUUAAAAAUUAAAGCUAUCUUUCUUUUUUUUUUCUUUACAAUAGCAGAAGGGAAAUAACCUCAUUAGCAAAAACUAUUAUUAGCACAAUAAAGAAAUCUGGUGUUGUGCCUAAAAUCAUGGAUAAUUUCAAAUGCUGCCAAGUGACUCUUGAGCUUCAGUAGUAAAUCCUUUCUUAAGGAUUCUAAAGUUCAGUCCCAAAAUCAAGACUGAUAUCUUUAGAAAAGUACAUGCUUGUCAGUUUGUUCCAGAAGUGCCAAAUACACAGCCCAUAAGCACCUUUGCAUCACUAUCCCCCAAGUGGACCUGAACCAAAUUAAAAUGUAAUUGGCAGUUUGUUCCAGAAGUGCCAAAUACACAGCCCAUAAGCACCUUUGCAUCACUAUCCCCCAAGUGGACCUGAACCAAAUUAAAAUGUAAUUGGGAAAUAUUUAAUAAAAUAAAUAAAAAUUACAACAUAACACAGAAAAUGUUAGCAUGUGAUUUUCUAAGUCAAUAUUGGUUUGCAGGCAUUCUUAUGUAUGAGUUAGUGGCCUUUUUCAAUUUGAGUUUUAUACCACUAGACUACACUAUGGACCCAGAUGAAAACAGGUUAAAUUCUCUAUAUCCAAAUGGGCCACCCCAUAAGAAAAAUCAGAAAAUAAAGAUUCAAACUUGUAAGUAUUUAUAUGAGGAGCAAUUAUUUUAUCUUACAUAAAGUUACUCCAGUAUAUUUAAAAUAUAAUUUAAAAACAAAAAUUGAACUGUUUUGCACAUUUUCAGGACCUUGUAAACUAAUGUCAGCCAGUAUUUUUAAGCUUUUAAAUCCCAGGCACUAUGUUAGGUGCUAAGAAUACAAAGACAAAAAUUAAAUAUUCCAUGCCCUCAAGAAAUUUAUAUUCUUUUUUUGGGAAGGAGGGUAGUAACAUACAAUACAUUUUGUACACUUGUUGUAAAAUCUCUUUAGUCCAAAUCAUCCUAUUUCAUCCUUUUUUCAAACUCGGGCCAAAAAAAAAAAAUGAAAACUACUUUAGACUUUUCAGAGAAAACCAAUUAAUUCUGAACUCUGGAACGUUUAUAACUCACUUAAAGUACAUAACAAUUUAUUCACGAAGAGAAAGGAAGAAAAGGGUGAAACAGUUCCUACACUGGUGAUAUUACCAAUUAAUCUCACUGUCACAGCAUGUGACUAUGAUAUUAAUCCUAACAUGGAAAGGGAGCUAGGGUGAAGUAGAAAAAAAAAAUCAAGGAUAAUUAUCAGCAAUCUAUUCUAAAUGCUGGCAUCCCAUACCCAGUAACAGUUUGCCUUCCUAUGAAGACAUACUUGGUUUUCUGACUCCUAGUGUUAUUUCUAGCUUUUCUUUAGUAACUGACCCCCAUCACCGGCACUUGUCAACAUUUAUGGCAUGAAAGACACCAUAUAGGUACUGCAGGAGGAGCCACAGACAUGAAAUCAGGGAUUCUUUCUAGGUGACUCUGUAGUUAGGGUGCUGGACCAGGAAUCGGGAAAAAAAAAAAGAGUUCAAAUAUGGUUUCAGACAUUUGUUAAUUGUGUGCCACUGAGCAAAACAUUUAGACUCUGCCUCAGUUUCUUCAUGUGUAAAAUGGAGUUAAAAAUAGCAACCUCCCUGCCAUGGCUAUGAUGAAGAGAAAAUGAGAUAUUUUAGUAUUACCGUGUAAAUCUGGAAGUACUUUAUUAUGCCAUUACUAUUACUAUAUUCGUAGUAUUUUAGAAGACCAUCUUUUGGAAAAGAUUUUGGAGAUCAUCUACUUUAAUUUCAUUUGUAGAUGAGUAUAGUGAAGCUCAGAGACAUAAAGUGACUUGCCUGAGAUCACAUGAGUAAUUUGCAGCAAAGUCAAGACUUGAACCAAGGUCUUCUAAAACAUUUCACUGUACCAUAGAUGGCAAGCCCAAUCUAUAAAGUCCCAUAUACAUCAUUAGACAAAUGGGAAAAGAGAGUGGCUGACACUUUAAAAAAAUCUCACCCCUACAUAAUUCUCCAUGUCACCCCUUACCAGGGAUCCAUGCUUCAGCCCUACCUAAGUAGAUCUACAGGAAGUGUGUGUGUGUGCUUUCGUUAUUAUUCUGGUACUAUUGUAAGCCUGCUUCAGGAAAUUGUUCCCUAUCCAUUUUUAGCUUAUUAUGUAACUUUUCUGAAAUAUCUGAAUGGGGAUUGUAUAUCCCCUGAUUUUUCUUUUCCAUCUCUCUCUUUUUUAAAAGAGGUGCUUGUGAAUACACACACAUACACACAGUUCAAUGCCUGUCAUCUAAUGGCAUUAAAGCAAUACGCCUGAAGACAUUUUGUUUGCUGCAUUAUCUUAAUUCUCAAAAGGGAUUAUAUCCAAAAGGCUGUUAGAGUUUAGAUUCAGAUCCAAUAUGAUCUAAAUCCUCACUAGCCCUUUAUUUAUCUCCCUUUACCUUCUUUGCCAAGUAUCACAGAGGUAACUCUAUGGUUAUAAAAGGAUCUUUCUACUGGAGUACAGUGGUGAUUCCACUUAUGGGGUCAGGGAUGGCCAAUUAUGAGAAAAUCCAAAAAGCUUGGUCAUAAGACCACUCUCUCAAGGGGGGAAAUGUUGCCCUCAUCUGCCUGAGACCACCAUUCUAUCUUGAUUGCCUUGAAGGCUUGGAAAUAAUGACUUGGUGCAUCAUUUGGGAUUUUUAUCUCUUUCAACUAUGUCAUCUUUUUGCAGCAUUUUUUAAUGGCACUUUUGAUUGUCGGUAUGGAAUUUGUGUGGUUAUUUUUUUUUCUAUGAACAGCUACAGCAGAGAGGCACAUAUUGGAAAAUAAUAAUAUGUGCAAAAAAAAAAAAAAGAAGAAGAAAAGAUUUAUUUUGUACAGACAGCAAAGCAUCCUGUGUAAUGUUGCUUACACAAAGCACUUUGGAAGAAAAGAAGUGGAAAUCUGUUUUCCAUAACUCAUACGGACUCUUGUACAUAGUUAUAUAUGCUCACAUAUAGAUAUGAACUGCAUAUAUCAUACUGUAUAUCAGGCUGAUUCUAUUUUAGUGCCACAUCUGGUGCCUAUUGUCAUAAAUCUUUUAAAGAAUUAGGUACUUUUUUCUAUUAAUAUGUAUAGUUUUGUGAUUUGUCACAGUUAUGUUUCAUAUAAUCAUAAGUUAUUUUGUCUUGUUCCAUGAAGUCUUUUUUUUAUGUCAAAGGUAAAAUGAAGGGUUUGUGCACUUGGUACAAAAUAAAACUGGAAAUGUAUAACAACCCCA